AUGGCCACCCUUGUCAGGCCGUUCCGGCUGCCCUCUGCCCCAGGGCCGCUCCUGCUGCUUUCCAACCUCUGCGCAGUGGCUCGGGCGAAACCACCCCUCCACCUCCGCCCCCUUUCUCUCCAUCACACCGGCUCCAGCUCAGCUCCUCCGCCAGCACGAAAGCCACAGCCACGGACCAGCCCCUCCUUCCGCACUUUCUUAGAGCCGCUCCCCUCCUCCAGCCACAGCCUCAGGCUGCACUCCUACCCAGGCGGUUGUUAUGGGUCCCAUCUUAAGCAGCCCCGCCUCCGAAAGUGCUGCCCCAAUGCUCCCAAAGGACACGCCCUACUACUGCUCCCCCUACAGGCAGCCAGGGACUCAAGACCAGCCCUGCCUCAAACCCGCCCCCCGGUCCUCACAGCCACGCCCCUUCGCAGGCCCGCCCCCAGGUCCUCACAGGCACGCCCUUUUCAGGCCCCGCCCAAGUCCUCACGACCACACCUUCCUCAGGCCCGCCCCAAUCCUCACAACCACGCCCCCUCUCAGGCCCUGCUCCAAGUCCUCACAGCCACGCCCUUCUCAGGCCCUGCCCCAAGUCCUCAAGGCCACGCCCUUCUCAGGCCCGCCCCCAAGUCCUCACGACCACGCCCUUCUCAGGCCCGCCCCAAGUCCUCAAACCACGCCCCCUCUCAGGCCCUGCUCCAAGUCCUCAAACCACGCCCUUCUCAGGCCCGCCCCAAGUCCUCACAGCCACGCCCCUUCGCAGGCCCGCCCCAAGUCCUCAGGACCACGCCCUUCUCAGGCCCGCCCCAAGUCCUCAAACCACGCCCCCUCUCAGGCCCUGCUCCAAGUCCUCACGACCACACCUUUCUCAGGCCCGCCUCAAGUCCUACGACCACGCCCUUCUCAGGCCCGCCCCAAGUCCACACAGCCACGCCCUUCUCAGGCCCGCCCCAAGUCCUCAAACCACGCCCCCUCUCAGGCCCUGCUCCAAGUCCUACGACCACGCCCUUCUCAGGCCCCGCCCCAAGCCCUCACGACCACGCCCCCUCUCAGGCCGUCCCAAGUCCUCACAGCCACACCCUUCUCAGGCCCGCCCCCAAGUCCUCACAACCACGCCCUUCUCCUGCCUCGCCCAAGUCCUCACAGCCAUGCCCUUCUCAGGCCCCGCCCAAGUCCUCACAGCCACGCACUUCUCCUGCACCACCGAAGUCCUCACAGCCACGCCUUUCUCCUGCCCCGCCCAAGUCCUCACAGCCACGCCCUUCUCAGGCCCCGCCCAAGUACUCACGACCACACCUUUCUCAGGCCCCGCCCAAGUCCUUACAGCCACGAUCUUCUCAGGCCCGCCCCCAGGUCCUCACAUCCACGCCCUUUUCAGGCCCGCCCCAAGUCCUCAGGACCACACCCUUCUCAGGCCCGCCCCCAAGUGCUCACGACCACGCCCUUCUCAGGCCCGCCCCAAGUCCUCAAACCACGCCCCCUCUCAGGUCCUGCCCAAGUCCUCAAGGCCACACCCUUCUCAGGCCCCGCCCCAAGUCCUCAAAGCCACACCCUACUCAGGCCCGCCCCGAAGUCCUCAAAGUCAUGCACCUUCCUGGCCCCGCCCCCAAUGCUCCCACAGGACACUCCAUACUACUGCUCCCCAGCCUCUAUGGCAGCCAUGGGCUCAAGACCAGCCCCGCCUCAGACCCCGCCCUCACGUCCUCAAAGCCACGCCCCUUCCAGGCCCCGCCCCAAGACCUCAAACCCACGCCCCUCUCAGCCUCGCCUCACACCCCGCCCCGCACGUCGCUUCAGCCACGCCCCUCGGCUCCACCUCAGGCCCCGCCUGCACGCGCUGUCAGCCCUCAGCAGCCUCAGGCCACGCCCCUCACGUCCUCUCAACAAGCUCUUGCACAGCACGCCAAAGACCCCGCCCCGUACGCCACCGCAGGCCACGCCCACAGGCCCUCUCAGACCCCGCCCCGCGCGUUUUCCCAGCCCCGCCCCUCACAAGACCCGCUUCAGACCCCGCCCUGCACGCGCUCUCAGCCCCGCCCACCACAGCCCCUCUCCUACUGCCCCCACGUCCCCGCGCCGGAAGCUGCUCACAGCCAACCAGGCAGCUCCGCCUCCUCGCCCACAGCCUCUCCCACGGCCGCGCCUGCAGAAUGCUGA